GCCCCGGGCAACGGACGAGAAGGCCCAGAAGCGAGGUGGGCGGCCUGGGAGUACAACUGCGGGGAGGCCUGGACAGAGGAUGUUCUCGACAAGAAAAACCACCAGGCUGAAAGGCUACCGACUAGCCAGUGAUUGUUUUAGCGAUUUGAGUGAUAUUUCCUGCAGCGAUUCAGAAAUGAACGAACCUAAAAACAGCAAACCCCAAGGUCUUAUGGAAGCGUCACCUGGUCACAGCAGAUUCCUUAAAAAGAAGCAAAUUACAGCUAAACCUGCCGGGGAUUCAGAACACAAGCUCAUUUCAAGUAAACCUGUGACUACCCCUUCAACAAUCAGGGCCAAUGCAGCACUGCUGAAACUGGCCCAAAUAGAAACCAAGAUCAAGAACCGCAAUUUGAAGAUGGAUCUGUCUGACUCUGACUCUGAUCUGCUAAGUGCAGAUCAAAGGCCCAUUUCCAAAAGCAAUGAGCAGACUAUAAGAGGCAGUGAGCUUCUGGAGAAGAAAGCCGCAGCCAUUGAAAACACAUCCAGUAAGACAUAUUUAAAAGAAGAAACGAACUCACAAACAUCGAGAAAGAUUGGCCCCGCGAAGAAACUUGUUUCCCUAGGUAGUGAUGAAGAGGAAAUGAGACAGUUGGGAAAAUUUGUCAAGUCUUCCAGUAAAAGUGAGAAGUAUAAGAAUCGUGUUUUCAAGACUCAUCUUCAAGAAAAAGAAGCCAAGGAGCCAUACAAGGAUCCUAUUCGGAGUACAUCAGCAACAUUUUCCCCCAUCACUGAAGGAUCUUGCCACGUAAAACUGUUGCAGUUGUCAUCUCUGGCUAGCGAAAACCUGAAAACAUUCCCUCAUAAAGCCUGUUCAAGAACACCUUCCCCGCCAAGGCACUCUGGAACAGAAGCAGGCUCUUUAAUGAACACCAUUUCCAGAUCACCAUCUCCUUCGAUAGAAGAUUAUUUUGCAAGGCCAACAGCUCUUAAAAUGGAACAUAUACAGUUGGCCUCUGCAUCAGAAAGAAGUGAAGUUGAGUCUCUGGAUGAGUUAUUCUCAGAAGCAGCGAGCAGCUGCUCAAAUGAUUUUAGAGCAAAUAUCUUAUCCCUUGAUGAUUUGGCUUCAAUUUCUAUCAGUGAAAGACCAGAGUUAGAACAAAAAGAAGAAGACACCCAGUUAGCCAAGUCAGACAAGGGAGUAAAUUCAGAUGUCAUGUUAACUUUGGAAGGCGUACUAAGCCAUCCCAAAGAAAGAAGGACUAAUGUAAGUUGUCCUGUUGAUGUCGAAGAGGUAAUUCCAACCGAAACUGAAAUCUCUGAGCAUCUGAAUGAGGAUUCUUCAGCUUUGUCUGAAAAGGAAAAUGCUUUCAGCCUGGGUUCGGCAUCUCCUGAACCUCAGAAAAGCGUUCUUAAUUCAGUGUAUUCUGAAGAUUUUGAAAGAUAUUCGGAUUCAGCAACGUAUGAACAAACAGUCUGUUCCGGACCGUCACCUGAUAUAACCCUCCAGAGUUCAUCUAAGAGCUCUUCGUAUUCCAGAACGGACACUCGCUCAUCAAGGUCAUCACCUGAAAUCAACAAAAAAUGGAGUGAGAAAGUAAGAAGAGUAACAGUGAAAGAGACGGCCGUUCAGACGCACGAUCCUGCAUUCGCUUAUCACUGGGUGAACGGAAGCACGGCUACCAUCGGCCCAACUCUAGGAGGGACUUACGUGGACCCAGCGCCUAUUGCCAGUCACGUUGUUAGUGCAGAUGCAGUCGAAGCCCUGACAGCUUACAGCCCUGCAGUAUUUGCUUUGAAUGACAUGUUAAAACAACAGCUGCUGCUGACCCAACAGUUCGUGGAAACUAGCCGCCAUCUGCACAUCUCUCUCCUGGAGUCUCUGGAAGAUGAGCUAUUUCAGUAUCAAACACUGGAAGAAACUAAAGAGUAUAUUAAGAAUCACAAGCCACCACCUCUAACAAUUGAGAAAGCUUUGGAGGAAGUAGUGAAGGAAAUGGGAGAACACUGAGGCAGAGAUGGACUUGCUUCUGGAACCAGUCACCUUUGGACUUUCAAGCGCAGCGUGUUUUUACGUUAACUAGCCAAGCAUGCUUUUCCCGGGUGUUCGCUUAGACUCAUAUGCAAAUUAAACUUAUCCGUAAUUCUACGCUUGGUUUUGAGGGAUUUUUUUUUCCUUUAAGUUCAGGAAUCCA